AUCAUAACAAUCCAACAUUAACAGAUGUGCCUCUCUCGGCACUCACCACAACUGGGAGAUUGGGAGAGGGAGCGAAAGAGAUGGGACAGAUUUACAGGAGGACUGCAGAGUAAGUGAAGAGGUGAGCAGAGAGAGAGAAACGGGUUGUUCCACAUGUUCUCGAUGGUUUCUUGUUGAUCUUUGUUACUCACUCCAGUUUCUUGCAGGCCUGUUAACUCCAGCAUCACAUCCAGAAAGGACGUGACCAACUUCUUGUGGGACGCGUGGAGCAUAAAUGUUGUCGAUCUUCAUCUUUGAGAAUGAGUAGUGCAUGUCAGUUUGUGUGUGAACUCACACUUCUUUGACACAGUUGGCUGUAAAGUGCGGUUGCACUCAAACGAUCAUCACCAAUCGGUUAACAAGAAUAGGAGAGAAGAAGAAAAGCCUGGGAAAGAGACGAGAUGGAGAAAGCAUCUUUCAGGAUGUGAGGAAAAGCAAAAGCUGGUCUUUUCCUUCACGAAAAGCAUUGGAGGAGAAGUUUCUGCAAGGAUGGGUCUGUGUGCUUGUGUGCUACCUCUUCUGCUUCUGCUGCCUAGCCUGCUUUCUGCUCAGCUCAGCACCGUGUCUGAAGUUGAGGACACGUCCAGCUUGGAGUUCACCCCAACACCUUGUCUUACUGAGGACAGCUUGUCACCCAGCCCCGCACCCACCAGUCCGGCUCCUGUAAAAGUGAGCACGGAGGAGGAACGCUCCUCCGUGGAGAACUACCUCUACUUUGGCGAUUCGUCCUCCUUGUCCUCCUCCACCUGCACACAGACGUUCCAGCUGCUUGUUCAGCGGAGAUCUCCACCUAGAGAGCUUCUCCCUCUCUUGCACCAAGCCAUAACGUCUCUGACCAAUGCGGCCAACUUUCUCAACCUGAUAUUUCAAGCUAGCGAGCUGAGAGAAACAAGCGUACGAGAAGACAUCGAGUGGUACCACGCACUGGUCCGGGCCAUGCUCGAAGGGGACAGGCCAGGCCUGGUCAGGCGAGCUUUUCUAACAUUCGACGCGGACCCCACAAUCCAACAGCCCCAACUGGUGCUCCGCGCCUCCAAAGGCACAACCCAGGACAUUCUCCUGCAGGACCUGACGUCUGUCUGGAGCAGCUUCCGUCCUCCUAGCCCUGACCAAAGCUGGUUUGAUUCGUUCAAGUCUAGCUCUCCACCCCUCCAUAUCUUGUCUAAGCGGGUUCUUCUAAAUGACCUAAGUACCCUAGAUACUCCCAAGUGGGCACGUGGGGAUAGUUAUGUGAUCAAUAGCAGCGGGGUUCUGUGGGGCGACGUCCCUUUCCUCGAGUGUGUUGAUGGCCGCUUUUUGCCAGGGUGGUUGCUCAGCCUCUCAAUGCCAUUUUACGGAUUGAAACCCGACCUCAGCCCUGAGUUUAGGGGUGUGAUCCGUAUUGAUGUCAAUAUCCAGGGAUUCAAUGUGGAUCAGUGUGCCAGUGGAGACUUCUGGUUUGCAAACACACACCAAUGUAAUCGUACCAGCAUGGAGUGUGAGCCCAUCCCGCAACAGGGCUUCCGGAUGGGUCAGUACUGCUGCCGAUGUAAAAAGGGCUACUACAGUCCAGUUCCAGACUUACAAAACAAAAUGAACAGCCGUGUGAAUAGAACCCAAGCUUGUUACCCAGAAGUCCCUGUGUGUCUGCCCUGUUGGCCCGGCUGUGCUGAGUGUGAGGACGGAGGCCCGUGUUGGGUGCAGGAAGACUGGCUCCUGAGAACGGGCGUCCUGACUGUGCAGGGUCUCUUCAUGGUCCUUGUGCUUCUUAGCAUGCUGGCAGCAUAUCAGUGCAGAAGAACCAAGCGGAUCCGAUCGUCAGGGCUUUUGCUGCUGGAGAUGAUCCUGUGUGGCUCUCUGUUGCUUUACUUUCCAGUCUUCAUUCUAUACUUCAAACCCAGCACUUUCCGAUGUAUCCUCCUCCGCUGGGUCCGUCUGCUCGGCUUUGCCAUUGUUUAUGGAACUGUGACACUCAAGAUGUACCGGGUUCUGAGGGUUUUCCUGUCUCGUACGGCCCAGAGAGUGCCAUACAUCACCACCACGGGUGUGCUGAGGAUGCUGGGAGUUAUAGUGCUUACUGUCAGCUGGUUCCUGUGUGCAUGGACAGUUGGCGUCCUGCAGAAUCGAGACCGAAAUGUCCCAUUGCUGAUCAUUUCCUCCACCUCAGAAGGACAAGGCUUCAAUGUGUGCGACCUGGACCGGUGGGACUACAUGAUGGCUGUGGCGGAGCUGUUGUUUCUGUGCUGGGGCAGUUUCCUGUGCAGUGCAGUGAAGACGGUACCUUCAGCAUUUCACGAACCACGUUACAUGAGCAUCGCUAUCCACAAUGAGCUACUCCUCUCUUCUUUGUUUCAUCUUCUUAGAUUUGCCAGGCCAUCGAUUCAUCCUGACUGGAUGCUCUUGCUGUUCUUCACUCACACGCAUGUCACAAUUACUGUAACACUCGGCCUGCUUUUCGUACCUAAGUUUCUUCACAUGUCACGGCCAGGCCGAGAGGAAAUAGCUGCAGAGGUGUACGAGGAUGAAGUGGAAUUGCGACGCUCAUGUUCUUACCUCAACAGUAGCUUCACCUCGAACUGUUGGGGUGACCACAGCCUGGACCCUGAUGACAUUCGGGAUGAGCUGAAGAAACUGUAUUCUCAGUUGGAAGUCCACAAGACCAAGAGGAUGGCAAACAGCAAUCCUCACCUUCCAAAGAAGCGCAGCUCUCGCCUCAGUAUUGGACGAUCCCUUAUAAAACGGAUCACUGAGAUUCCAGAAAGUUUAAGCAGGCAAUGCAGCCGUGAAGACAAAGAUGUCAGUGCUGCAAUAGGAACUAUAACCCGAUCUGGAUCUUAUUACAGAUGUCAUCAAACCACAAGCAUUAACACGAUGAAUGAAACUUUAAUGCAGCCCUCUCCAAAACUGCAAAAGUCCCAUAGUGCCUAUGACUGUACCCCAGAAAGAGAGGUCUCCCUUUUAAACUGCUCAAUAAAGAGCAAAACAGACAGAAGGGCUUCACAGCAGUCUGACGCAGGAUCCAUCAAUGCAGCAUUGCUGAUCUGUAAGUCUGCAAGUGCCCACAAUCUAUCGUUAGACACUAACCUUCUACUUCCCGAGCCUACCAGGUUUCAAAAGUCACUCAGCGUUAUAGAACGAAAUGACCAUCGCUCUGUGACUACUUGCAGAAGCAUUGAAAAUGUGUCAUUUCCUGGCAAAGCUACCCCAGCAGAAAAACCCCAGCUAACUGUGGAUGUCGACAUAAAGAAGCAGACUUCAAGUGCCUUGCUCUCAGAGUCAUUUGACAAGGCAGAGGUCUGCCCAUGGGAGGUUCCAGAGGAGCAACCAGCAAACAAGAAUCAGAAACAUGUCACAUAUUCUCUAUCAAAUCAAGAAGAACCCAAAUCACCUGGUGCGGACUCAUCACCAACACUAAUAUACGUUUGUCCUUGGGAAUACUUACCACCUCCUACUCCCACUGCAACAGAAACUGGCAAUGGUGUACAGUCAGAUGUUGAUUGCACAAAACCCAAGCCUACGAUCUCCUGUAGCGUUCCAGGGUCGCCACUUACACUCUCAGACAAGCCAAAGGAUUUUCGAGCUUUCUCUUUCCGCUCUGCAACCAAAAAUCUCCUUACAGCAAAAAGCAUUGCGGAAGUUGGAAGAAGUAUGAGCAAAGAGAAAGGCCUACAAGAAAGUCAUGUUAAGGAGGGAACACUUCAAAAAUCCCAGUCCACAUCUAUGAGAUUAUCCCCAGGCAGUGCAGCUUCAGACAAACGUACCCCGCAGACACACAGACGGGCUAUGACUACCAUAGGCACAAAACCUUUCCUUGUAAAGCAAAUAGCAAUACGGCAGCCAUCUACAGAGUCUCCUGAAAGGAGCCCCAAUCAUACUGCUCCAGUUCACAUCUGUCCAUGGGAGUCAGAAGAGGUAAUCUUGGAAGUCAAGAAGCAAAAUGUGAACGACAGUGUAUUACAAAGACAACAUAGUGACAAGCAAAUACUCUCUAUGGCAAAAAGUAAUGUUGGCUUCAAAUCCCCUGACUCCCAAGUAAAUUCUUUAUUGUCUGUUCCAAAUACUGAAGUGUGUCCGUGGGAUGUCCCAAAACCUUUUCAUCAAACUAGCAUUUCUGACGUCUGUCCUUGGGAAGUUGUGGAAGUAGAGCAAUUGCAAACCAAGAGCACAUGUGCUGAUGCCUGUCCUUGGGAAACCAACAGUGACCCAUCAAGGAUCACAGAAGACAAUAUAUGUACUACCACUCUUGAAGUCCCUUUGUCUAGAGACACCCAUAAGCAGGUAAACGUAAAGCCUGAAGCAUGCCCUUCUUAUGUAAUAGACACAAAUAGCUUUCAGGUUAGACAGGGAUCCAUCAAAACUAUCAGUGACACAAUAAAACCUGCUGAAAGGGUAAUUUAUGUCAAUGUAAGUCCAGUACACCAAGAACCAGCUCAGAGAGCUGCAUGUUCCGUUGAAACAAGUGAAACACAGAAACAAGAAGAAAGUGAUUUUCCUGAACCCCCACCACCUGUAACUGACAUAAGUCCUUGGGAGACAGAGUCAAAAACAAGAGACACUACAAGAUCCUCUUUAAAAGAGACAAUGACUAAAAAAGCAACAUUGGAAGAAGGGGAUUCUGAGAAGUUAGAAGAGAGGGAAGGUGGUACGAACAAGGAGUCAAUGCAAGUAGACCAAGAGCAAGACACUGUUAGUGUAAUUGUGUGUCCAUGGGAAACAAACGAGUCUGUGAACUCCAUACAGAAAGAAGAAAGCGUCUGUGGAGUUGUCUGUCCAUGGGAGACAAGUGAAACUAUCAAGACCUUGCAGAAGCAGAAAAGUGUUUAUGCAGAUGUUUGUCCAUGGAAGGCAGAAGAGCCAACAAAUAUCUUGCAGAAACAAGACAGUGUUCGUACAGAUGUCUGUCCAUGGGAGACAGGAGAGCCAACAAAGAUCUUGCAGAAACAAGACAGUGUUCUUGCAGAGGUUUGUCCAUGGGAGACAGGAGAGCCAACAAAGAUCUUGCAGAAACAAGACAGUGUUCGUACAGAUGUCUGUCCAUGGGAGACAGGAGAGCCAACAAAGAUCUUGCAGAAACAAGACAGUGUUCGUACAGAUGUCUGUCCAUGGGAGACAGGAGAGCCUGCAAAAGCCUUGCAGAAACAAGACAGUGUUCUUGCAGAGGUUUGUCCAUGGGAGACAGGAGAGCCAACCAAGAUCUUGCAGAAACAAGAUAGUGUUCUUGCAGAGGUUUGUCCAUGGGAGACAGGAGAGCCAACAAAGAUCUUGCAGAAACAAGACAGUGUCCGUACAGAUGUCUGUCCAUGGGAGACAGGAGAGCCUGCAAAAGCCUUGCAGAAACAAGACAGUGUUCUUGCAGAUGUCUGUCCAUGGGAGACAGGUGAGUCAGUGAAAACCUUGCAAAAGCAAGAAAGUGUCUAUUCAAAUGUCAGUCCAUGGGAGGCAAAAGGAUCCCCCAAACAAUCUGUGUCACAAGACUCUCAGGCUUCCCCAUCAAAAAGGCAAGACAGUGCUCUAGAAUCUAUCAGUCCCUUGGAAAACGACAUAAGAACAGCAGCCAUAACAGAAGGCAGCAAUAGUCAAACUGCCCAGGACAUACACCCUUCAGACACAGGCACACAGGCCACAGAGGAGACGAGAGUUAACCUACCUCUAGCUCGCCGUGACGCGAUGUGCCCUUGGGAAAUGGAAGGGGGCAGACAAGAAUCUAUACAAAUGCUUGAUAAUUCAGAUAUCUUCACUUGGGAGGAGACGAUACCAGAGGAAGAUGACGAUGAUGCAGAAACUGCUGCAGAGGCCUUCAUCUUUCCUUCAGACUUGUGACCCACAAGGGCAGUAUCAUUGUGCUUUAUAUGUCUUGAAAGACUUAUUACAAAAUGGACCACUGUUCAUACAUUUCAGCUUUAUGCAGAAUACCCCUCUACUGCCAACAGAACAUUUCACUGACCGUCAUUUUACAGCGGCAACCUUCUCCCUCCUCAGCUUAAUAAAUGAAGACUGACUGACUGCUCUCCUGUGCACAUUUCCCUUUAGCCUUACAUUAAAACAAACCCCGUCCAAUUUGGUAUUGUUUUGUGUGCAUUUGUGUUCAUAUGGCUAUGUAGAUUAUAUUGUCAGUAAAACCUGUAUCACCAACAUACCUUAGGUGGAACAUAUAGAAAGUUUAUUUUUACACAUUUUCAGUCAACAAACAUUGCACUAAUGUUUGAACAAGCAAGUAAGUGAAGAGACAAGCUGUUCUGGAUUGUGUUUAUAUGUUCCAUGUUGCUACUGUUCAUUGCUGCAUAUUUUAAACGGAUCUUUAGUCUCUGUACUAAAAUGGUUUAGACAAACAUGUUCUAAGUUUUACUUCAAAAUCUCAAAUAACGCAUUUCAACAAGACUGGUUAACAAUUUACAAAUGAUCUCACCAUGGUAUUUCCUGAUAAGAAGUCAAAAAUUCAAAAAUUAUUAAUUAAAAAGGAUCACACUUUACUGUAUCAGCUAUUACAUAUCCAUAUAACAUACUUAAUACAAAGGUGUUGUUAUUGUGUAUUUCACUGUAUUUCAGGCAUUUUCAGCCACAUACCUUCUCCUCAAACUCCACCCUCCAAAAAUGUCAGUCAACUAAAUAUUGGCAAACCUUAAAGGAGAACUCCAGCGCAAAAUGAACCUUCGGUCUAA